AUGAGCUCGAUAGACUCCGAUCGAUGCGACCCGGAAAAUUCCCAAGCCCCACAAACAAGCUUGGACAAUUCGAAUCGGGAAACCUCACAAGGCUCACAGACGAGUCUGGACAAUUCGAACCGGGAAACCUCCCAAGGCUCACAGAUGAGCCAGGGAAAUUCGAAUCGCACCCUCUCCAAUACCCAGACCCUUUCCGAUAGCCGUCAAAACGGAUCCUCCAGCCAAGGCGAUGGCCGCGUAUCUAGCACCGGCCUCAGCGGCUCCGAACACGUCUAUCCAAUCCGAUCCCUAGUGUCAAUGAAGCCCGUGGGUUUAUCUUCGCCGCCAGCGCUAGAGGACGUGAUCGAGUCCUCCAAUCAGCCAGAGGACUCGUCAAUCGCGGCAACAGAUGCACCUAUCGAGUCUAGGAUCCCUCAGUCAAACUAUUUUAACCCUUUGGUGUCGGAUAAGAGCAUCUCCGUCAACGAUGAAAUCUCUUCUAACACGCCCGCGACUGGAGAUCUGGAACACACUCGGGAAUAUUUUGGCCCCGCGGAGCCUCAGAAUCAAGCGUCUGCUCCACCGAAGAACCAAAACUACGUGGCCUCCCGGUUCGAGUAUGCAUUUACGGAGAAUGGGCAUACUGUGAUGCUCGGUGAUAGCAACAAGACUCUCAAGCGGUGCGAAGAUGAGCCUAUCCGCACCCCAGGUGCAGUGCAAAGUUACGGGGUAUUGGUUGCAUUGAGAGAGGAAUUGCCUAACCAACUGGUUGUUCGCGCCGUGAGCGAAAAUUCAGAACAGAUUUUGGGUUUAUCACCGCAAAGGCUAUUUGGCAUGGAAAGCUUCACUGAUGUGUUGACAGAAGACCAACAGGCCAUUUUUUUGGAACACCUUGACAAUGUUCGAGACGAUUCAUAUGACAUAACCAUCGAUGGCCCCGAGGUUUUUCUCGUUGCAAUACAAGGAGCAGCGGGUAAUGUCACUCGAUUUUGGUGUGCGACCCACGUUAGCCAAGAAAACAAGGAUAUCAUCAUAUGCGAAUUCGAAUUGGAGGACGACCAGCUGAAUCCGUUAAACAUCGAGGACGGAAACCUCCCUGCAACUCCCACGAAUACUUUACAGACAAACCCGCCUCCGAGUGACGAGCAAUAUUUCAAGAGCACGACCAGCGCAAGUAGUUCAGUACGCUCCAUCCGUGACGCACGGCGGAGAAAGGGCGAAGCUGCCGCAAUACAAGUAUUUGGUACUCUCUCUCAGAUUCAAGCGCAGCUUGCACAGGAGACGGACCACGACAGACUACUUCAAGUUGCCGCGGGUCUCGUCAAGGAGUUGGUAGGAUUCCAUCGGGUUCUCGUUUAUGAGUUCGAUCACCAAGCGAAUGGCCGGGUAGUAGCUGAAUUAAUGGACCCAGAUGCUACCCUGGACUUGUACCGAGGCCUCCAUUUCCCCGCUUCCGACAUCCCAGCCCAGGCCCGCGAGCUCUACAAAAUUAACAAAGUUCGACUACUAUACGAUCGAGACCAUGUCACUGCCCGACUAGUUUGUCGGACGUUCGAGGAUUUAGAAACGCCCCUCGAUAUGAGCCAUGCUUAUCUUCGAGCAAUGUCACCAAUCCAUGCCAAAUACCUUGCGAACAUGGAAGUGCGUUCGUCAAUGUCGAUCAGUAUCAAUGCGUACGACAAGCUGUGGGGACUCAUUUCUUGUCAUUCAUACGGCGAACAGGGUAUGCGCGUGUCCUUCCCCAUUCGUAAACUUUGUCGCUUGGUCGGCGAUACAGUUGCUCGAAACAUCGAACGUAUCAGCCAUUCCUCCGACCUCCAGGCGCGUGUGAUGAUGGAGUCAGUUCCGAAAGAAACAGAUCCAUCAAAGUACAUCAUCGGAACGUCAGAUGACCUGUUGCGGCUUUUCCAAGCUCAAUAUGGUAUACUUUCCAUUGGAAAUGAAGCCAAGCUUUUCGGUGAUAAGUCAAAUUCACAAGACGCUCUGGCUCUCUUACAAUACAUACGUCUACGAAGGAUCACAUCAGUCAUAUCGUCACAUGAUAUUGGAAAAGACUUUCCCGACUUUGCUUAUCCUCCGGGGCUGAGACGGAUAUCGGGCUUUUUAUGUGUUCCGAUGGGCACUGAGGGGUCUGAGUUCAUUCUUUUUUUCCGCGUUGGUAAAACGAAAAUAAUCAAUUGGGCUGGAAAUCCACACAAGCCUGCAGAAGGUGGGAUCGGGCCGUUAACACCGCGUCAAAGCUUCAAAGAAUACCGCGAGAUCGUCUUGAGCGAGUCAACACACUGGUCUGAACAGGAUCUCUCCACAGCCGCUAUCCUCGGAUCCGUCUAUGGGAAGUUCAUUCAAGUAUGGCGACAGAAAGAAGUUCUUAAGCAGAACUCUCAACUUACGCGCCUGCUGCUGUCCAACUCAGCCCACGAAGUUCGCACCCCUCUGAAUGCAGUCAUCAACUAUUUGGAGAUUGCUUUGGAAAGUGCUUUGGAUGAGGAAACCCGUGACAACUUGGUCCGCUCCUACACAGCUUCCCGCUCUCUUGUCUACAUUGUCAAUGAUCUUCUCGACCUUGCGACUGAAUCCGGACAACAGCUUGUCAAGAACGAAUCAUUCCAAUUGGAACACACGCUGCGUGAUGCUUUCGAGAUGCUGGCCGGGGAAGCAAAGCGAAAGGGCAUUUCCUACACUUUCGAAACGCGCCCCAAACUUCCAGAUUCAGUAUUAGGAGACCAGCGUCGCCUGCGCCAGAUUUUCGUCAAUCUUAUCGCGAAUGCCAUUGAAAAUACAUCGGAAGGUGGUGUGAGCGUUGAGACCAGCGCAUUUGAUGUCCAAGAUGACCAAGCGUCCCUUGAGAUGUCAGUUAUCGACACAGGCGCAGGAAUGUCAAAAGCCAGACUCGAGCAGCUCUUCCGAGAACUUGAAGAAGUGUAUGCGGAUGAGCAUUGGAUUGGAGGUGGAAAUGAUCCUCCAGCUUCAGACGGUGAGAACCAGCGUGUCCUGGGUAUUGGUCUUGCAUUGACUGCUCGUAUCGUACACACCAUGCGUGGGCAGCUCAUUGUGAAGUCCACAGAGGGUAAAGGCAGUCGUUUCAAAAUCAUUCUCCCAUUCCAACUUCCCCGUGAACCAUUCUUGUCACACCCGCAGAACCAGUCAAGUACCGGUUAUCUUGACAUGCCAGCAUCACCCUCAAUACUGGAAGGGGAAACUGCUUCGCUGGCUGAUAAUGACCAAAUUCAAAACGUUUCUACGGAGCUGGACUCUCACAUCAAUCCAGAUGCUGAUGAGAAGGGUCAAUCUCAUCAACUAGAACACUCACUACCACUUCACCCCAUACUUGAUCGUGGGAACAGCACAGAUCAACAGAAUCACAGGCCUUCACCCCGCUUACAGCCUGAGGCAGUCCAACACACACAAAUCUUGCACCCAAGUGCCCACCACCAACCAGAUGAGGCCAACUCUCCGGAACGUCUCACGAUACACAAAACCAGUGCAUCACCUUCGACUUCCAGCACAAAGAUCUUGAAUGUCCUCGUUGCAGAGGACAAUCCGGUCAAUAGCAAGAUUCUGGAGAAAAGACUGAGUAAAAUGGGCCAUUCAGUCCGAGUAACCACCAACGGCAAAGCAUGCGUGGACGAAUUCUCGUCGGGCAGCGAAGCCCCUGAUGUGAUCCUGAUGGAUAUUCAGAUGCCCAUCGUCGACGGAAUGACCGCUGCUACAAUGAUCCGUGAGGCCGAGUCUAGCCCCUCACAGUCUUCGGAUACAAAUAAAUACAGUCCAUCGGAAAGGGUCCCCAUUUUCGCAGUGUCUGCAUCUAUUGCCGAACAGAACGAGAAGGAUUACAUUGAUGCCGGCAUUGAUGGUUGGAUCAUGAAACCGAUUGAUUUUGCGCGGCUCAACACACUCCUGGCUGGUAUACAUGAUCUCGAGGCUCGCGCAGGCGCCGCCAAUGGUAGGGAAUGGGGAAAUGGCGGCUGGUUUGAUCCCACCGUUCUUACUGAGACAGAGUGA